GAUACGAAGAUGGCUUCCUCAAUUAAUUCUACUUCACAGACAGCUUCAGCUGAAAGUUCUGAAACGAAUACUUUUUCAAGUAUAAGUAGAGCAAGGUCUCCUCAAAGAGAAAAUAAUGCACUAGGGCAAUCAGAAGUUCUCACUGAAAAUAUUAUCCAAGAAAGAGCCAGGGUUUUACCUAUAAGAGGAGAAGUUACUGAACAUGAGCCCACUAGCUUGGAAGAGGUUGUAUCUGAAAGAGAUAGCUCUCAAGAAGAGUCCCGCCUUAGCCGAUCUUCUCAAAGAAAUAUGUCUAUCAUUGAGAGCACUGAACUACGCACACCUGCAAGAAGAAUAAGAGAUUACGAAAGAGACUAUGAAAGAAGCCAGGAAGAAAGUGAGAAUGAAGAAUCAAAUCAAAGGAAUGAAGAACAAAAAAGAGAGAAUAGGAGAAUCAAUCGGACUAAUACUUCCCCAACUAAUAGAACCUCUAGCUCCAUCUUCUCAGGCGGAACACGAUCGAGAAGGAUAUUCAGGCAAGAUGAUCUGGCUAUUGACUGAAAUUAGACUUAUGCUUACAGUUCUCUCUUUAGCUGCCUUUAAAGCCUUAUA